AAUGUAUUUUGUCCAUCAAAUUAAAACACCUCACCUAAUGUAGGGUUGCAAGUUUCUUUUAUAAACUUAUUUAAUAUGCUGCUUCCAAAACACCAAUUUCCUAAAAACUAAGUGAUAAUAGGGGAUAGGGCUAUUGCUAAAACCCAGCCCAGGGACCCAGUUGUCUGUCAAUAUUUAACAAAUGAACUUUUUCUGUGUGUAACUUUGGACACACAAGAGCUCUGAGGGCAAUGUCCUAACAAACAAUCUCUGCUGGAUUUUUCUCUGAGAUCACUCUCAAUUCAACAUUCAAAAAUGGAGGAAAUGCAAAAUUCAGGUCGUCCAUAUAACAAACUGAUUAGUCAGGAGGAAUUCACUGAAGAUGAGCCUCAUCUACCAUCAAAUCAGGAGAAUCAAGUGACUGUGUCGACGAUGAGACCUGAAUCUACCAUCGUGAAUCGUUACAAACUGCUAACAGCAAGCCUAGCAGCGUUAGCGGUGAUUCUGCUACUGGUUAAUAUUGGCCUUGGGGUGUACUAUAACAAACUAACUGACAACAACAUAGUGAGAGACAUCAGCGGAGAGAUAAGAAAACUUCAGGCUUCUUAUGACGCUGCACUGCAAAGCAGGGAUGAAGUCAAGAAACAGCUGGCCAUGGAGAUCAGCGAGCAGCAACUCAUCAAGUGGGAGCUCGAACACCAGACCCUCAGAGUCAAAGACUACGAAAAGCAGGUGGAAAAGUUGCAGGUGGACAUUGCAUCGUUGCAAUCCCAUUUACCGAUGAUAAAGGAGGGCUGCAGACACUGUUUGCCUGGAUGGACUUUCAUGAGCUCAAGCUGCUAUUACUUCCCGUUUUCGGACACUUUUUACCGCACGUCGUGGAACGAGGCCCGGCAGUCCUGCAGGAGGCAGGGAGGAGACUUGGCCAUUGUGAACAACAGAGAAAAGCAUCUUGGAAUAACUAGGCUCAUAACAAUUAAUCAAGAGCUUUCAAGAUCAGUGUUGCAAAGUGGUUACUGGAUCGGACUGAGAGACGUGGAAGAGGAAGGGGUCUGGAAAUGGGUGGAUGGGACGAGACUGACUGACGGGUUCUGGAACGUCGGAGAGCCAAACAACUUAAACAAUGAGGACUGUGCCGCAGUGUACCCCAACAGCAACCCAUUCAUGUCUUGGAAUGAUGCACCGUGCAAUUAUAACCUGAAGUGGAUUUGUGAAAUGGCACCGAGGUCUUUCGGAUAACAAAAUCAUUCUUUUUAAAGUCCUACUUUUAUUUGCAGAAGCAACAAUUGAGCAUCACUACAGAGAUUCUUUUGUGCUGUUUCUUUAUUGUUUAUCUUAUAUUACCUAUAAAUGGCAGGGAAGGUCAAACUACAAAAAAUUUUAUCAGAAAAUACAUACAUUUUUAGAUUUUUGUAUAACAAAUAUUUGACGCUACUAUA